CCCAGGGCGCCGCCGAGCCUCUUCCGGGGAGCGCGGAGCGGCCGCGUUACCACGUGCGUGAGGCAGGUGACUGGGGCUGCCACAGCCUUUCCCCCCCUCCGCGGCUCUCCCGCCGUCUCCGAAACCCCCUCCCGAAACUGCACCCUGAGCAGGAACCGUCCUCGCAGCUCGGCGUGUGACCCGCGGGCGGUGGAUCGCAGCACGCAGCGGUGCCGCAGGAAGCGAGGCUCUCUGUCCUGGGCCGUCGUCUUUUCCAGGAACGCACCUUGUAACUUGGAGGUCAGCCGUCCGCUAACCAGAGUUUUUAAAGAUGACAGCAGAUAUACCAUUAAAUAUUAAUAUUAAGGAGCCCCAAUGGGAUCAAAGCACUUUCAUUGGACGAGCCAGUCACUUCUUUACCGUAACAGACCCCCGGAAUAUUUUGUUAUCUGAUGCCCAGCUAGAAAAUGCAAGAAAAAUUGUUCAUGAUUACAGACAAGGUAUUGUGGCACCUGGCUUGACAGAAGAUCAGUUGUGGAGAGCAAAAUAUAUCUACGAUUCAGCCUUUCAUCCAGACACUGGUGAAAAGAUGGUCUUGAUUGGCCGAAUGUCAGCUCAGGUACCAAUGAAUAUGACCAUCACAGGCUGUAUGAUGACUUUUUAUAGAACGACACCAGCGGUGGUUUUCUGGCAGUGGAUUAACCAGUCCUUCAACGCUAUAGUAAAUUACACGAACAGGAGUGGUGAUGCCCCAAUUACUGUCAGCCAGCUGGGAACAGCCUAUGUUUCUGCUACCACAGGUGCUGUUGCCACAGCUUUAGGACUUAAUGCACUGACAAAGCAUGUCUCACCUCUUAUAGGACGUUUUGUUCCUUUUGCUGCCGUUGCUGCUGCUAACUGCAUUAAUAUUCCACUAAUGAGACAAAGGGAACUCAAAUUUGGAAUCCCUAUCACAGAUGGGAAUGGAAACAGACUGGGUGAAUCAACCAAAGCAGCUCAGCAGGCGAUUACUCAGGUGGUUAUAUCAAGGAUUCUUAUGGCUGCUCCUGGCAUGGCAAUUCCUCCCUUUAUAAUGAAUACAUUGGAAAAGAGAGCUUUCUUAAAGAGAUUUCCAUGGAUGAGUGCUCCCAUUCAAGUUGGAUUAGUUGGCUUCUGUCUCGUGUUCGCAACACCCUUGUGCUGUGCACUGUUUCCUCAAAAAAGUUCCAUGUCCGUAGCACGCUUGGAGCCAGAACUGCAAGCCAAGAUCCGAGAAAACAGCCCUGAAUUAGAACGUGUAUACUUUAAUAAAGGAUUAUAAUUCAAAGGAGGCAGAAAA